GUACCGCUCACUUUCUUUCGCCAACGAGCGAAGCUACGAAUCUCACCGUCACACUCACCGGUACGGCGAACUAGCGAUCGCCAAGAUAAUAGCAACGAACAGGAACUCGUCCACGCCGGCACCAUGGCACAACUCACACCCAUCUCGUCUCGCAAACGUCCCUUGCCGGACGACGAAGCAAAACCACAUGGCUCCAGCACAUGCGAAAUCGGAUCUCGAAAGCGUCAGUGUGCUUCGUCAUCGGGUACAGACUCACCGUCAGGCCUCCGUCUCUCGAUACCCGGCGAAGAUACUCCCUUGACCCCACCACUCAGCGCUGAAGGGGCGGCUACUAUGAAAUUGAGACUCAUCAUACCGCAACAAAAGACCGACCGCGAACAUCAGAGGAAGAUCAAUAGGCGUAGAGCUGAUGCAGAGCGCUGGAAGCCUAAGCUACAGCGUCCAUAUCCUAAGUCGGGCGAAAUCAAGACCGCCUACCCACUCAAACUGAUGCGACAUUACCCUGAUGCGAGCACAUCCACCCAGCCAAACUUUGUCAGGCCGAGGAUCGACGAGUCCGCUCGUGUGUCUCGUCUAUUGCAGCAAUUCCCUAUCAUGAACACCGAACACGCGGAUGAGAUUGGCUACGAGGAGCGUUCACCCAGUGCGGCUUCACCUGUUGAUCAAGCAAUACCAUUAAGCACACGCAGGGAGAAGUUGAAGGAGACUCGAUCCGCGCACGUGGGAUUACAGGCGAACAAGCAGAUUACCAGGAGCGAGGAAGUCCAGCGACUAGCAUGGCAGUCGUUUUCACUACCUGAGAAGGGCCGCAUUGACCGCGGGCGCGAGGCGAUGAUGCAGUCUGGCCUGAUCACAGAUGAUCUGAAUUUGGAGGCUGCCGGUGAGCGGAACCAGCUGCCUCAAUGGAAGAAGCGUUGCACAGGACGCUUCGCUAAGGGGCAUCAAGCAGCAGGGUAGAGACUCGCUGCUGAACGUGCUGCCGGGCAACUCUGUAGAAUAGCCUUAUGCCUCAGUGAGAUGCGAUUGAACUG